AGUAAAAGUUCAGGCUCGAUGUGAUGAAUGCAACUUGGCCAUACAUACAAAAAUGGAGGGUUUUAUUGGCAUGUGGGAUCAUCUUGACGGAUGAACAAAUUUUCCAGCGUAAAGAAGGGCUAAAUCUACGAACUGUGGCGUUUAUCUUGGGGUCGAAAACAUUGUUCUACCUGCCGCAGAACGGCUUUUACGGCUAGAAGCGAGAAGGACAGCGGUUUUGGUGCAUUCAAGAUUUUUUCAGGCUUUUUCCUUGAAUGUUUGAGUUUUUAUCGGGGCACUGAUUUAUUUAUUGGUGCACAGACGUUCAUUUGUGUGCUUCUGCGGCGAGCCAUAUGCGGCGAUUUACCUCUCAUGCAGUUUUGCUUUUAUUUAUGAUGAACUGAGGUAAUCGAUUCACUGACAAUGGCCGUGGUCCACUGGUCUCGUAAACUCUGGCCAAAAGUUUGAGGAAUUUUGGCCAUUACUGGAUUGAAGGUUUAUUUCACUGGAAGUGCCAUCACCUUUCAAGAUAAUUUGGACAAUUUCUUCACCGAGAAGCGUGGAAAAGCUUUGUGGCAUAAUAGUAACAAAGUUUAAUCGAGGAACACGAUGUUUCAACCGUCGCACUUUCAAAAAAUGGCCCAGCAUUUGGGCAUUGACUCUCUGUCCUACGAAAAGGAAUACAAUGGAUUUAUGACAAAGUUGAAGAACUUUCAUGAGUCUAAGGGGACGCCGUUUAGACGAUUGCCGUGGUUAGGAGGGCAAUAUUUAGACUUGUACCUCUUGUACCGUAAAGUAACUUCAGCCGGUGGCUGGGUGAAGGUUACAGAGGAAAAAAGGUGGCGAGAUAUUGCUGAAGUUUUUAAUUUGCCGCCAACAUGUACGAACGCUGCUUUCGCUUUACGACAACACUACUCUCGUUAUUUGGAAAGCUUUGAGAGAAUUAACUUCUUUGGGGAAGAUGCAGAGGAUGUUCUAGCAGCUGGAAGACCCCAUACACCAGUUGGAGGAGGUACAUCUACUCAACAUGUUCCUUUAGUGGCAACAGCAGAUUAUAUUUCAGUCAUUUCCACCAGUAAAGAUCCAAAAAGAAACUUUGACAAACUUGUCCUUUCUCUUCAAUGUGGCAUGCCAAAUGAAGUAGAUUUUGCCAUCAACAUUUGUAUGCUGUUGUCAAAUGUUAGCAACUCAGUGUUUAAUCUCAGCAAGGCACCUGCAGUGGUGGAUACAUUACUUGCACACAUUGGGGUAUUUUCUGAAGAUUCCCAUGGACUAGGAGAAUUAUAUGAACAGUGGUAUGCAAAACAAGAUAUGGAGAGAGAUUUUACCAGGUUUUGGAAGGAAGGUUUAACUGUGAAAGGGGUUGAGGACAUUCUAUGUAGUGACUGUGGUGAUGAAACUACAGACCAGGAAUCUCUUUUUCACCCUUCCAGGAAGAAAAUUGGUGCUAAAGAUGUUGAGUGCCAAAGAAUUUCUCAGGUUGGCAUGAUAUUUUACAACUUCUCCUUUGAUAGUGCUAAUGCCGAUGUGCUUGCAAGCCAUCCAUUGUGCUUGAAGUUCCUUGUGCUCUGUAUUUGCAGUAAUCAUGGAUUUCUGCAAAGAAUGGCAUGGGAAACUCUUUCAAAUCUAGCAGAGAAGAUGCUAAUGGACCCAAUUGAGUCAACAAAUACACAGAUGUUUUUUCAGAUGCUGCACUGCUUUUUAGAUCACAAAGAUCGUUACCAUGCCAUCAAUGCCAUGGAUGUUUUGGGCAAAUUGUGUACCCUGGAAAGAAAUGAUGAGGUUAUAGAAGCUGGCCUUGAACCUGAAGCAUAUCAGUCACUCAUUAAAGUUCUUAGUAUCAGUGAUGUUCAGUUGGUUCUUUCUUCUCUGGAAUCACUCUACAAUUUGUCAGGAGUAGGGCAAGUGACAUCUGAUCAUAUUGCAGAGGUUUAUCAUAGUAUUGAUAUUCUGGUGUGUUUGGUGACUAUGGAUGCAGAAUCCUUUGGACCAGAAGCCUUAUCUGAGGUUCAAAUCUUGGAAAAGAGGAUUCCAACUGCCUUGCCAGCAACUCCAAAACCACAACCAGCCACAACGCCAGUUGCUCCACCACAACCAAGGGAACCAGUUCAACCACACCAAGCCCCACCUUCCAGUCCAUCCCCUGGUCCAGUGACCAGUCCCUCUCCUUCACCAGCCCCCAUCAAGACAACAGGAAGUGAAAUUGACCCAGAAACUUUUACGUACAACUGGCUGCAGGGGACUUAUGAACAUUCACCUGGAAAUUCUGUUUCUCGCAUUGACAUAUAUGCAGACUACCUAUCAUCUUGUAGCAGACUGGCUAGAGUAGGAAUUCUUAAUGCAACAGCAUUUAAUCGCAUCAUCAAGUUGGCUUUCCCCGACGGUCAACUUCGAAGGGUGCAGUCUGGGGUAAAUGUCCAAUACGUCCUAGCAGGGUUAAAACGAAGAGCUAACCCACUUCCAGUUAAAAGCCGAACAGAUUCACCAGCACCUCAACAUGUUGCGAGCCCUCACGUAGCACCUCAGCAGCAAGGACAGAGGAUGUCCCCUGCUCAGCAGGCCAUUAGUAGAACUCCCACCCCUCCUGUUCAGAAUCAAAUGUCUCCAGGCUGGAAUCCACCUAAACAGCAAAACAUAGCAGUUGCACAGCAAACACCCCCUUCAUCAAUGCCGAGGCACUAUGAGAAGAGGUCCACACCACAGGUUUCUGUUAGCAAUCAACCACAGAUGCCUGGAAUGAGCCAACUUCCAAGAAGACUUAGCACACCUGGUCAAGGAGCCAUUCAGGCAACCGUAGAUCAGGGAGUAAGACAAUUUACCACACCAGCUCUGCAACAGCAAAAUCUCCAAAAUGUAGCCAAUCAACGGCACAUGAUUGGAGGGCAAAUACAAAGGAGUCUUGGUCCAACUGAUAAGGCUCAGACUCUUGAAAGAGUAGCAGCCAUGCGAAGAGCAAGCGUGGAAGGAUCUAAUGCUCUGCAGGCACAGAAUCCACAAGUCUUGCAACAUCAUACACAGGGACAGAUCAUGCAGAGAAUGCCCAUAUCUCCUCAAAGUCCAGGCCCACCUAGAGGAGAUCAACAGCAAAUGGCUCACAGCAUGCCAUCAACUGUGCAAGCUUCUCCAGCUCAAUCCAUCCGUGCUGUUGUACCUCGCAGUCCUGUUUCUCCACAGAUGCCACUUGUGAGAUCUCCUCUUCCGACAACAAGGCCUACACAGCCACUUACGUCACAACCAACUCAGACGCCACCUUCAGUAGGCUUCAUGCAAAGACCUGUUACAGCAGCAGAACCAUCCUCAUAUCGACCAACAGCCGCCUACCGGCAGCCAGCACCUGCUUUUCCUCAGCAGCAAAGUAUACGACCAGCGCCACCUGCUUACAGUGGACGGCCUCUUUAUCAUGGAGCUUACCCUCCUCUUGCUCCUAAGCCUGCACCAGGAGUCAAUGUCCAAUUUUCUCAAGAAAACCAGCUGAGGAAGCAAGUCUCCUCUAGCACUGCUGUCAGCGGGAGCCAUCCUGGAACUCCACAGGUGCCAAGACCUUCCUUCCCAAGGGGAGAUGUUGCCACAAGACAGACUUUUCCUCCCCAUGUGCCUGUUGUCAAUACACCACCCUCGCCUGUCUUGCCCCCUUCCUCAAGGAGUGGACAGCCAUUCAGGAGUUCUCAACCAGACUUAUCUGGUGUACACAGUGGACGAAAGAUCAGGCCUGGGCCAGUGAAGGAGAGCAGGCAACAGUUUCCUGGGAUUCGACAGGAAGGUGUUGUCCUCAUAGCACAAGAAGAGAGGGCAGCAGAUGUCGUCUCUACAGGCCUUUUAGAAGGCGCAGCGGAACAAAAAAUUGUUGUCAUUGAAAACAAAAAUAGAACAGAUAUCAUCUCAAAUAGUUCUCUGUCUACAGCGCAUGCUAUUACUGCCCAUGAACAGUUAAAAUUGUCGUCUCGUAACACGGCAGUUAAUACCGGAAGUGAAAUUUGCGGAUCGAACAUCGAUGAACAGUUUGAGCAGUCGCUAGAGAGAGUGCCGUUGAAUCUGGGCGGAAAAAACUCUCUUCAAAGUCUACCCAAGUCAACGCUGUACCCUUCCAGUAACGGUUCUUUGAAAAGAGACUUGAAUACGCAUACAACCCAUGGGAGUAGAACUUCUGCUUCAAACGAAGAAAACCUGAACGGCCAGCGAGACAAUGUCAACGAUGAGUUUGGACAAGUAAAGAGGCCAAGAUUGGACAGUCGAAUGUCCUCCCUUGAAAAUGAAUUAGACAGUUCUUCUUCGAUACCAUCUAGAACUGGAAGUCCGACCCCUCUUGUAAAUGGUGAGAUCAAGGGGGAUCCAAGGAACAAAUUAAUGGAUAAACUCUUAGACAAGGAUUUGCAUUUGCCUCUUAAUGGUGUUUGUGGAAUCGAUUCGUCCGAUAUAGACCUACUUGCUUCCGACGGAGAAAGACUCAGUAGUAGUAAGGCGUCAUCACCAGAUCUCUUUGGAAGCGAAACCAAUUCGGAUUUUGGUAAAUAUUUGGAGGAGAGCGAUACAGAUACGGGCUUGUUUAGUGAUGUUCUGCAAGGAGAUUUAAGGAUUGAUCCGAUGGAGAAUGGAACUGAAGGAACUCACCAAGCGUCAUCAAAGAUGCCAAGCUUUCCCGUGGGAACCUACAAUGAAGGUGGCAUUCCUGCUGGAGUUACGCAUCAACAAGGCAAGGUUCCUAUUCCUCCAACAGUGAGACCAGACCCCGUUCCUGUUCAGUACAAUGCUACGGUCAAUAGGACGCCACUUGCAGGAAAUUCACCUUGGAAUUCAACAAACAAUGUGAAUCUUGAGUCGAACGCCGGCUUUAGUCUUCCUUCAGCGUCUGUCAAUACACAAAAGGCUACAUUUCCACAUCAAAAUAAUCAGCCGAAUUCUCAGCAAAUUAUUGUAGCUCGUGACUCUUCAUCCGUUCAGCCUUCUACGACGACGACGACGAAAAGUAUAUUGCCUAGACCUCAGGGGCCAGAUAUUGUCAAUAGCAAAGCUUCGGUCUCUCUUGGAUUAGGUAUUCAACAGCCUUUGAUGACUUCUUCUUUUCACGGAGGGCAGCAAAUGGCUCCCGGUCAAACAACCUUACCACGCAGAGGAAUGCCACCUGGCUGGGCCCCAAGUGGAGUUCAACAGCAGCAAUUGCCGAUAGCACCACAUGCUGCUCGCAGGGUUCCACCUGGGUCACAGACUCCUGCUCCCAUUGGAUUUCAGGUAGCCUCGCCAGUUGGUGCACCCCUGGAGCCCCAAGGUGCUACUGUGCCUCCAGGGUCUCUGACCAUGGGUUUAUCACCUGGUUGGCAGCCUCAAUUACAACAACAGCAAAAAUCUGUAAAUGUUCAUCCGGAUGUGAGGACUCAAAGUGUGGCCACGCCUGGGACAAGCAAUUACGAGGCUGCAUCUACGACUCAAAAUAGGCCACCAACUAGCCCCAUGCAGUCUCAGCACCAUGCCAUGCCACCAGCUGGGAAGAACGUGGUUCAAAACCCAGUUGGGUCCAAGUUAGUUAGUCCGACUGCUCCUCAGGAAUUUGUACCCACUCCUCCUCCGCGUGUUAGCCAAGUCGAGUUUUCAGUGCCUCAGAUGGUGUCUUUCAAACCUUUCAGAUGUCGGUGGACAACUUGUUAUAGCUCGUUUGACACUAGCAAAGAGUUAUUUGCACACGUGGUCAGUGAACAUGUCCCUCGUGACAGCCUGGUCAUGUCGUGUAUGUGGGAAGGUUGCCCACUAGUGCGCCGCUCACGUUCGUCUCUUUUAUUUCACCUUCAGCAAAAACACAGUGAGGCGUCGCCAGCGCCCAGUGCUCUUCCGCCUCAACCAACCCAACACCAGUCUCCUCCUGUGCAACCUCCUCCACAACCUCAGCCUAAUCCUCAGCCUCCCCCGCCAACCACUCCGUCCACGUCAUUUGUUCCAGCAUAUCACUUCCUAGCUCGCAUGUUGCAAUCGUUACAGGGUGAAGAGGAAUCGCCGUUGACGAAGUCAGUACGGUUGACUGCAGCCCUUGUUCUCAGAAACGUGGCGCAGUACUCGGCUUUAGCCAGAAGCUUAUUAAGACGUCACGAAAGUCGCCUGUCACUUAUAGCCAUGUCCAACUCAGAAGCUGCUAAUGCUAUUGCGGCGUGUCUCUCUGAAUUAUCUCCACAUAGGAAGGCUUCGUCAGAAGACUCUGGUGCCUUUUUUUGGGCACCUAACAGAUAAUACAAACUUAUUGAAAGCGGGGUAAUCAUUCAGAUGACUGUGCCUCUUUUGCCAUCAAAUCUGUCGCUUUUUAAAGACGAAAUCACUAGAUUCUAACACUAGACACAGCUUUCUUUGGUAAUCAUACUCUUGAGAAGAUGGCAGAAGUCACACUGUUCCAUCAGAACUCGUGAAAGCUUUUCUUUUUUGUUGCCUAGGUUUCACAUGCAGCCUCGAUUAUUAUUAAGACAUGUAGGCUAGAGGUGGUGAAAAGCGUUGUUGUGAUAGGAACAUUCAACGUAACGUUAAUAAACAAAUAUUUCGUUUGUAGUUAUUGUAUAGAGAGAGAACAUUAUUGGAACAGAAUAUUCAAAGUAGCUGUUCAUACCUGAUUAAGUAAUAUAAUUAUUUGUACAGUUCUUUUAUGACAUUCGCUUCUCCGUUAUGUCAGCUUUUCUCCAAAACCAAAAACGCUUUCCAUGCAUUGAAAUCGAUGAAGAAAGCAAAAUAUUAAGCUCGGUACUAUACUUUUUAUUCGGAAUGUUGAGUUAUUAUGAUAUUAAAUCUUCAAUUAUGAACUGAAUCUAUUUUCAUUCACACAUUUUGAAUGAUUUCUUCCUAAGAUGUAUUACUGAUAGAUCUUUUUCUAAGGCAUACUGUGUUUAAUGCUUUUUUCUCUUCUUUGUUAUCCAUCCAUGUCUGUAAAUAAUCAUUUUGCAUUAUUUAUACUUGAUGAUAAGUUGUACAUAGAGUACAAGUAUGCUUCGUUUGGACUGUGAAGAUACCGGUAAGCGUUGGAUUACUGUAGCUUAAACUAUUUAUAGUGCUAGAAUCCACGCGGUAUCCGUUUUUCUACAUUGUUCAUGACUUUGCAAUGGAAAAAAAAAAAACUUAUCACUUCUUCUUUGAUCAAUAAAAUUUUUGUAUCACCGUAA